GACGAGGAAGACAAACGGCUGCAAGAAGAGCUGUUGCAGUUAGUCGACGUAUUGAUGGUAAUAAUUAAUUCAUUCUCUUAACUGUCAGUUUCUGAAGAAAAUUCGAAUUCAAAUUCAAUCGAUUAUGUGUUCUUUAUUCGUUAAAAUGCGAGGGGAAAGACGAAGAUGCGAUGCUGAUAUCUCUGAGCCAACUUCGAUUACUUAUGCAAACCUCGACAACAUCGAUGACUUCCGUUCCAAAACCCCUCAAAUAUUUAAAGAAUUCGUACAAUGAUAUGAAGAACGCGUACAAGAAGAUUCAGAGGAAGGAUUUAAAACGACAAUUCGCGGAGGUAUUGAGCGUGUUAUCGAUGGCCGGGGCACCGUCAAGCUCUAAAGAAUGUCUACGAUAUUGCAUCGAGAGUAAAGUGACGAAGCCUGGCGAAUGGGGUCACGAGUACGUCCGGCAGCUCGAAGUUGAAAUUGUAGACGAAUGGACGAACGCUCCUGUGAAGGACGAAGAUAGUAUCAGAACAAAGCUCACCCCUUUGGUGAAAGGUAUCAUAAAGUUCGACAUGAAGCACAACGCGGAAAUAGCUGGGUGCGAUCUAUGUUUGGAGAUCGACCAGUUGAAUUUUUUAAACGAAUAUCUGGAUAAUACAAACUUUGAGAGAGUGUGUCGAUACUUGGAGAGCUGUGCAGCCUACAGCGAGGACAUCGAAAGAAGGCAAAUAUUGCAGAUCGUGGCCGAUCAUUACUUACGAUUUCAAGAACACUGCAAAGCAAUGUUAAUAGCCCUUCAAUUGGGAGAUUCGGAUCUCGUGCACAAGUGUCUCACCACUUGCUCUGAUAAUGUAAUGCGAAAACAAUUGUCGUUUAUACUCGUGAGGCAAAGGGGGAAUCCGUUAAAAAAAGAUUAUCAAGGAGGCGAUGCCAAGGAUAUCGAAGCCAUUUUAAGCAACGGCCACGUCAAUAAUCAUUACCACUUACUCGCGAGGGAACUCGACAUCCUGGAACCCAAACACCCGGACGACAUUUAUAAAACCUGGUUAGAAACUAAUACUCUGAGACGAGCGGAACACGACUCAGCGAGGGCCAACCUAGCAGCGUCGUUCGUUUCCGGUUUCGUUCACGCUGGCUUCGGCCAGGACAAGCUGAUGGAGAACACCGCCGGUUGUUGGGUUUACAAAAAUAAGGACCACGGUAUGCUCUCAGCAACCGCUUCCCUGGGACUCAUACAUAUGUGGGACGUGGAUGGUGGCCUGGUGCCGAUCGACAAGUAUCUCUACACGAACAAUUACAACAUCAAAGCAGGCGCGUUGCUAGCGAUAGGGUUGGUUAACUGCGGCGUUCGCAACGAAUGCGACCCAGCGUUGGCGCUUCUCAGCGACUACGUGUACUCUGAAAAUUCUGUGCUGAGAAUCGGAGCGGUUUUGGGACUGGGUUUGGCCUACGCUGGUUCGCAAAGAUCCGAUGUCACGGAACUUCUAACGGGAGUUCUGGUGGACAAAGCAAGUACCACGGAGGUUGUGUCUCUCGGAGCAAUCGCUAUAGGCUUGAUAAACGUUGGUUCUGCGGAUGCUGAAGCUUCCUCGACACUCCUGCAGAGACUGCUGGAACUUACUCCUCAAAAGCUGUCCAGUACCUAUUCUAGAUUCCUGCCACUGGCACUGGGAAUGAUCUAUAUGGGUUGCCGUGACAUUAUAGACGCUCCAUCUGCUGCGCUUGAAGUCUUACCCGAACCUUAUAAACUCGCUGCACAGACUAUGCUAGAGGCAAUCUUUUCUUCCUUAUCGAAAUACGAACGUUUUGACUAAACGUUGUGAUCUUCAGGGUUGAAAGAUAUUUCCGUUGGGUCUCAGGUGUGUGCAUACGUCGGUACAGGGGACGUACUGAUCGUCCAAGGACUGUUGCGAAUUUGUUCGGAAUCGAUGAACGAUGAUCCUGUUCCUGUCACGGCGGUUAGCAGUCUUGUGACGUGCUGUGAUCAGCGGCCUCGGGCCAUCGAGGUGACUGAGAAUAGGACAAAGGAGAAGUUAGAAGAGAAACAGGGAGGAUCGAAAGAAAUUGGAUCGCCACAGGCCAUAGCCACUUUAGGUGUCGCUGUCGUUGGAUUGGGAGAAGGAAAGGAGAAUUCCAGGAUUUUCGGACAGAUCGGGAGGUACGGCCCGAUAGCUGCGAGACGCGCAAUGCCACUCGCUCUAGGCUUAUCCUCCUUGUCAAAUCCAGACUUGGCAGUCCUGGAUGUCCUAAACAAAUACAGCCACGACAAUGACUCUGACGUAGCCAACAAUGCAAUCUUUGCUCUCGGUCUCGUUGGUGCUGGGACAAACAACGCCCGUCUUGCUACCAUGCUGAGGCAACUAGCCUGCUAUCACGCGAAGAACCCCAUGCAUUUGUUUCUCGUUCGAAUUUCCCAAGGCUUGGUCCAUCUCGGCAAAGGCACAUUGUCCAUAUCUCCGUUGCGAUACGCUUCAAAGGUGUUGGACAGAGCGGCCUUGGCUGGAUUGCUGGUAGUCUUGGUAGCGUUUCUCGACUGUCAAAAUUUGAUUCUAUCGAAAUCUCAUUAUUUGAUGUAUUGUCUGGCGCUUGCAAUGGAGCCCAGGUGGUUGGUUACCCUGGAUGAGAAUUUACAGAGUCUGCCAGUGUCUGUGAGGGUUGGACAAACCGUUGAUAUUGUAGGUAAAGCUGGCAAUCCAAAAUCCAUCUCUGGUGGAUACGUUCACACGACUCCGACGUUGCUUUCCUCUGGAGAAAGGGCAGAGCUUGCUUUGGACGAGUACGAGGCGUUGUCCAGUGUUUUGGAGGGUUUCGUUAUUCUUCGACAGAAGUCGAACGUUUCAUAGAUCAUACCGCUAGAAAUACACAAGACAGUGGAUAAUAAAAGAACAAAGGCUGAUUGCGAAAGGCAACGCUGGGACAAAUGGUUUAUUUAUUUCACGAGAUAGUAGUAAGAAACAUGAUCAUCGACAAAAGUGUAUUAUGCAAGGCGAAGAAAUUACUAUGAACCAAAGUGCGAAUGACGAAUUGUAGUUUAUAUGAUAUAUCGUAAUGUAUAAUUUUCCUUGUAUUUUUUUUUUUUUUUGUUUUAAUAAAAGGUUGGAGCGAAAAAUAUUCGAGAGGAACGAACGCCUAAAAAAACUCUCGCACAAUAAUGGAUCGGUAAUCACACAUAUUCGCAGUGCAUCACUUUGACAACGACGAGACGUGAAACGAACGCAAGUGAUGCGAGCAACGGAUCAAUCGCGUCUGUGAAUGCAUCGAUUAAGAAUGUGAAGAGACGUGUGAGUCAGCUUCUGUGUACGUUUGCGUUUAUUUAACUUCGGGGACUAGCGGAAGCAAUGUGCUCUAUACAACAGAAACAUACAUCGGUUCGCAUUGCACGGUAAUAAAUGACAACAGUGCACCAUGAUCUGACAGCGGUCAUGGUAAGGAUUCGUUUUACCAUUGAUUGUUGUAAAAAUCGUUUGAUUUCUCUUAUGACAACAAGACAACA